GCGAGACUGAAGGGAAGGAGGAGGUACAACUGUGGAAGACUGAAGGGGAGGAGCCAAUACACCUGUGUAAGACUGAAGGGGAGGAGCCGGAAUACCUGUGCAAGAUUGAAGGGGAGGAGCCGGUACACCUGUACAAGACUGAAGGGGAGGAGCCGGUACACCUGUACAAGACUGAAGGAGAAGAAGCGGUACACAUGUGCAAGACUGAAGGGGAGGAGCCGGUACACCUGUGAAAGACUGAAGGGGAGGAGCCGGUACACCUGUGCAAGACUGAAGGGGAGGAGCCGGUACACGUGUGCAAGACUGAAGGGGAGGAGCCGGUAAACCUGUGCAAGACUGAAGGGGAGGAGCCGGUACACCUGUGCAAGACUGAAG